AAUUUUGCGGUUUAGAUCAAACAUGAUACCUUAUGAAGUGAUAAAGGAGGGGAAAUCAGACAUGACAAUGAUAAAGUGUGGUUGCUGCAGUAAAAUAUUUAAAACGAUUCAACAACAUGAACAACAUCGAUGUCGAAAAGAAAACAAGUUCAAUAAUGAAUGUUUGUCUUGUAAAAAACCUUAUACUGAUCAUCUGGUACCACAGAAUGACAAUAACCUCCACAAAGGUAAUAUUAAAUUAUUCAAUACGUUUUCAUGAAAAUCUAAUUUUUCACGCAUUCAUUCCGGUCGACUUCCGGUGUGACGCGAAAUUCCUGACGUACGAAAUAUCUGACUAUUGUAGAACUGCCCAUGCGCAGACGAUGGCCAUGGAUGACUUUGGCUCAUAAAUUUCGCAUCUCAACAGACAACACGUGUAUUUAUAAAGUCAUUUUAUUUAUACAUAAAUUUUCGAACAUCAAUUCUACAAUGGAUCAACUGAAUUGACACUAUAGCUACAACACACUAUACCACUGUCGUGAACGUUAGCGUUCAGCAAUAAUAAAGCUUGAAUCGCAGAUAUGGAAAAAGUCACUCGAAAAGCGCUCUUAGUGAUAUAAAAUAGUUUGUAAAAUAGUGCAGUUUCAAAGGUUAUGCAUGGAGCACGAAAAAUGUUUCGCGUUUGACCUUCUCACUAUUUAGUAGGCAGCAACAAUGAGUUCGUGAGUUGGCCGUUUAGAUUUGGCGAUGUCUAUAUUAGAAACAUUUGGCAACAUAGCAUAUGGACUUAAAAAUCGUUUCGACCGACCGUAUUUCGCAAACGUCGUGUAUUUCGCGGUCACGACCACACAAUUCGCUUUGAAAUUUAAAUUGUUUGUGAUUGAAACCUAGCGAUGUCGAUUUGAAAUAUUUAACGAAGUAUUAGAAAUUAACAUCAUGAUUAUUUUAUCUAAACUCUAAAAAACAGUUUUGGCCGACUUAGAAUUUAGCAAGCGUCGUGUAUUUCGCGCCUGCACGCGCGAAAUUUCUGACCCGUCCGCUUGGUCAGGUAUUUCGCAGAGGUCAGGAAUUUCGCUUGACACCGGUCAAGUUGCAUGUAAAACGUCGCUAGCAGCUUCGCGGCUUGAUUAAUAAUCUCUCCAAAUUAUAUGCAGUAGAUAUGGUUGGAUAUUUUUACUAGUUAACUUAUUUCAUGAAAUGGUUUAUUGGAACGAUUUCAUAACGAUUUUUAAAGAUUCUGUCAACUCAUAAUUUAUUCUAAAUUUAAGGGUUUAGUAAGAUGAACUUUGGGUAUCCGUUUCUGUUAAAAAAUUCAAACUCUUUACUAGGUAUUGUGUUCGUAACGUAGACAUUCUUUGUUGAAUGUCGAACCUACGUACGUAAAGGCCUUGUCAAACGAGAUGUCGAUUUCUCCGAAACUACCACAAGUGUUUCUAUAAUUGUAUAGAAACACAAAAUGUUUUCUAUUUCUUUUUUAUAUAACUAAAGAAAAGUUUUUACAGCCAUUUUUAUAUUGAUUAAUUUACAAAUACUCGUUAUCUCAUAUUUAAACUGAGAAUUUCCUUUCUGUCUUGUGGUUCCUUGCUCUCUAUUAUCAUCUUUAUAUUAGGGUCAAUUAAUCAUAUUUUACAAAGAAAACAUAUAAAACAUUCAUUAUUCAAUCAAACUAUUUAUAGAAUAUAGACCCUAAAUGGUCAAGGUAUAAACGGGACUCGAAGAACCAUGCAAGAUACCUUUCCAAACUUUACUAAAACUAUUUUAUAUAACAUUACACACACAAUUCUACACAUGCACACCUAAUUACACUACAAUUUACGUCCUAUAUAUGACACGAACAGUCAGGAAACUUGGACCACGUACAUGACAAGUCAACAUCAUAAAUAGAAUCAACAAUACUAGAGUAUCUACGUUUAACUAAACAUAUAAAAGAACUAGGACUAUAGACACAAUAUCCACACAUAUAUCUUUACAUACAAUGUUCCACACUUUGACGACACGUUUAUAGUACGAAGAUUGAAAAGUGCUUAUUCCAGGGUGCGAUAAUUCAAUAUUUUUAGCCGUACCUGACUGGUACUCCAACAACUUUUGCCGCGUACCUGAUCUGGUACAAACUUAAGAGUCAAGACGUACCUAAGACUACUUCCGAGUCAUGCGUUUUUAUACCUAUACGUAUAUUAAGUUUACUGGUCCAAAAGUAAAAAAUGUAUGGGCAAUUUUGUACAAAUGAAUCUUUAAUUAUGGUAUUUGUACAACAUAAUAUAACAGUUCUCAAAGCGUCGACGUUGUGACUCGAAUGCCAUCGCUCAUUUACAGUGGAUUUACCGAAGGUGCUAACUGUCUGACCUCAGCUACAUACAGUGUAGUUUUCCUCAUUGGGCCUAUAAAAAACCUGUGGUUCAGUGCCAGUGGUUCCGUUUUUUUUUCCAGUCGGACAAUGACGAUACAUUUUUUGAUCAAGCGCAAAGAUAACAUUUUGGCGUUUUUCAUCCCAAAAUAUGUCGGAUGCGUGGAAUUAACAUGUAGGAAUUUAAAGUUCUUCACGGUUUUGAAUACUUUGGCAGGUUUGCUAGUUAUUGCUAUAGAAGGAAAAUGUAAGUACGCGAAUAGCAAACUUUCGCGUACCUACGUGGUACUUGCCCAAAAACAAAGAAGUACCAGACCAUAAAUUUGGCGUACCUCCGGUACGUUGGUACGCGAAUUAUCGCACCCUGCUUAUUCUACACAUUUGACUUUGUAGAAUGUACUUUCAAGUGUUACUCAGCCGAGUUCGCCACCGUGACUGACAAACGAGACAUAGUUACUGGCAUCAAUAUUCAUAUAACCAAACAAACUUGUACAGAAACACCAAAUCCUUAACCUCCCUGUCGAGGGUUAACGGCAGAAGGUCCAAGGCCAACAGACAUUCUUUGUGGCUCAGCUCUCCUAUUCUGCUCAUCAUGAUUCAUAUCGUCUCCCGACGUUGCACUCUUUCAACCCGCUUUGAGAGUUGGAUGUUCCGUUGCGUGGCGUAAUUGCGAUUUCACAUGAGUCAAAUAAAGAGUUCGCCUGCGCAUGGCUUUCAUGUCUGUCAGUUGAGUACAUGUUCGUCUCAGUACACCUAACAUUCUGUUGGCCUUGGAGAGAUGACAGAAUUGAUUUGAAGUUCCCAUGAAAGUCCGGAGGAAGUGAUGACGCCAAGAUCUUUUUCACUGUCAACUCGAGUCAGACUUUCUGUUCCCAGUUUUUAAUCACAAGUGACAGGAAUUUUUUUGCGUGUAAUGGUGAGUACUUUGCAUUUAGAAGCAUUGAAACGGGUGUUGUUUUGUACACUUCAGCAAUUCAGAUUUGUCAACGAUUGUUGUAAACAUUUGCAGUCAUCAGUAGAGGUAAUCGUAUUGUGCAAUUUAGUAUUUUACACAACAUCUGGGAAAUCGUUAAUGAAGAUGACAAACAAUGACGGACCGAGAAUACCUCCAUGAGGCACUCCAGAGGUGAAUGGUGACCAUGCAACCUCGUACCCAGGGCUUCUGCGCUUAUUGCUCUCAGAAGCCCUGGGAUAAUCCAAACCGGAACACCAUAGAACAGUGGUGCCCCCGGAAGCGGAAGUAAACAGUAGCUCCAGCUAAAAACGCUGACUGGGCAUAUUUUUACGCAAGGAGUGAGAAUGGAUUAUUUGUUGCAAUUUAUGAUAUAUUUGGACUUGUAAAGACGUCUUAAACUGCUUCUCGCGUGGCUUUUGGAAUUUAAAGUCAGGAAUGAUCAAUUUAGAGAUACAAUUAUGCGUAAAAUUAGCCCUUUGGCGAGCAAAAGAACAUCUUCUAUCGCGACAACAGCAUACCUUGUCAGCGAUAUACAGGGGCUAUUCAAUAAUUAAAGUAUAAAUAUUUAUAUUCGAGUACAACCUUGGUCAUUUCAAAAUUAACAGACUAGAAAUCUUACUGGUAACAUGGCUGGCUGCCGAUUAUCUUGGAUUUGAGGGUUUUGAACAAGAUAUUGCAAGAUUUAAUUAUAAAUGCACAAGAUAUACUGUACUGUAAACAUGCAUCUACUUGAAGAAUGUAAAAUGAACAGUGAUGAGUGAUGUAAUAUAAUUCUGUACUUUAAUAUUUGGAAAACCUUUUUGGCAAAUCUUGAGAAUAAUGGCUUUGGGAAUCAAUGUUGAAAAUUAAAAACUGUCAGAUAGCUGCAUGGACAGCAUGGUUAGAAGCAUACAUGUCAUCGGAUGAAACUCCAACUUUUGUUAAUUGCUGAUGUUCUAGUAUUGGAAUGAACAGUGUUAUAAUAACCAAUGGUGCUGAACUAAUUUGGGUUUAUUAUAAAAUAUUGUUUAUCAUUUAGUUCUGGCCAUUAACCUUACCUAUUAAGUUAUACAUUGUGUCUUACUUUUUAUUUUACUCUGGUGUGCCCCCCCCAGGCUCUGGUCAACAGGGGUGCAUGGGGGGGGGGGGUGCAAAAAUGAUGUUUAUCCUAAUUCUAACCAACUUAUGUUAAGGAAUUCAGUUGUGUAUCACUAGUUGACAAUAGUGGAAUAGCCAAUAUUAAAUAUUCUGAAUUUUUAAAUGUUUUGAGAAUCUAAAAUUUUCCAGAAUGUUUUCUCAGAAUGCUGGAAAUGCCAUUUCAGAGACCCAAAUUUUAAAAAUUUUCCGUGGUAGUAUGCCCCCGGACCACCCUAGAAAUCUCGUGCCUUCGGCGCUCGUUUCGCCAUUGGUUAGCACCCCCCAAAAAAACUUUGCUGGAUCCACCACAUGAUUUUAUAUGUUGGGAUAGAUCAUUGGUGUUCAAUGGAUUAUCUCAUAAUACACACUAGUUUGUUAACCUACUCUGUCUAAUCAUGCUAACACCAUCAUUGGCAAUGGAAUUGAGCAGUGAUGUAGCCAGAAUUUCUAAUUAAGGCCUUCAAGGGGGACUGAAAUCCCCAGGAGGGGCCUGCACUAGUUUGAAUAAAGUUUGUUAGUAUGUAAAAAUAUAUUUGGACUCCCAAGCUAUCCAUGUAUAAUAUAGUACAAUGUAGACUUUUUAAAUUCUAGUUAAUAAAGUGCCAUUUUGGGGGGCUAUUUUAAUGUGUUUUGGUGAUUUGAAAUAACCUUGCAGUUAACACAUGUUCAACUCUAAUUAAUUACAAACAAGUUCAGAACAUUUAAAAUAUUUUGACCCCCCCCCCUCUGGUUACACCACUGGAAUUGACUUGAGCCUUUUAGACCUCUGAAUUUUAGUUGCAACUUAGAACAGUGUUCUGACAUACAAGAAAAUUGUGAGAAAAUUUGUGCAAAAGCAUUUCUCAAAUAGGUCAUUCCAGAAAAUAUCCACACUCCCCCCACAGAGGAAAUUUCUGCCGUUCAGAGGGGGAGGGGGGAAAAAUUUUUCUGAUAAUAGUAAAUAUAUUAGGACAUCCAAAGGGGUAGGAGGGAUUAACUUUCAAUUUCCUCUGUGGGAGUGGUAUGGGUGUUUUCUGGAAUGACCCAAUAUAACUGUGUUUUUUUCCCAAAUCUAAUCAAACUGUCAAAUUGUCAAUUCUUGUACAUGGGGAGGGGAAAUUUUGGAGAAAAAAGAAUUGUGGCCAAUCAGGUUGGGGGUCCACCUGUAGGCCUGGACAUAGGCGUACAGGGCUGGGCUCAAAUGUUGGGCAGACUAGGCCAGUCGGGCAAUAUUUACUUCACAGUUGGGCAAUAUUGGCUUAUAAUAAAAAUAAAUAGGAGAAAUUAUUCCCUUAAUAUUGGGGGAAAUAUGCUAUAUAAUGGUCGAAAAUUUAGUUCAUUUUGAUUAAUAGUCAUUUAAUAUAUGUGCUAUCAACAGUUUCUUUAUGGUAUUAAGUAACAGAUUACAAGGUUUGUACAUUAGAUCUAGAGAUUUAGAGGCACUAAUAACUCAAUAAUAAAUAGGCACUAAUGCAAACUCUGAGCCAGUGCACCCAGCAUCCUCAAGUUGGGAAUAAUUUGUAAAUUUAAAUAUUUGUGUAUAAUUCAUAAUUUAUCCUAUUCCAAUACAAAAUGCAAUAAUAUAGAACACACAAUUUAUCAAAUAAAGGUAAAAAAGGUAUUAAAAACUUUAUUAUGUAAUAUUUACAUUGAAUAUCGUGGUUGAAGUUGUAGAUUUAUACUUGAAAUUUCAAUUUUCGAACGAGCAAUGUUUCGCUUUAUUAUGUUAAUUUUUUUACUCUGUUCGUCAUUCUUGCUUAUUUACAAAUACAAAUAGUCCAUUUCUUCUUUUGCUCUUUUCAAAAUAGCCCAGAAUUUGAUUUAAAAAAGUAUUUUCAUGCAAAAACCAGCAUUUAACUUUUGUAUACACUCCUUGAGACAGCCAUGUUGCCGAAAUAUCACCCGGUUAAUGAAUAACUUCCGGUACUUUCAUUGUAUUCGCAUUGACCAAUCAAAUCACGUUCUGAGUUGGAUUAUCCCAGGGCUUCUGAGAGCAAUAAGCGCAGAAGCCCUGGGUACGAGGUUGGUGACCAUGUCGAAGCCACACUAUCUACAAUGACUCUCUGAGUCUUACCAUUCAAAUAGUCUGCGAACCAACCCAAAACUGACCUUGUCACACCGUAACCACGCUGUUUCUCGAGAACGAUUGCAUGAUCCACGGAGUCGAAAGCCUUAGCGAAAUCGAGAUACAAGACGUCAGUCUGAGUAUUCUUAUCUAGACUAUGUCCAAUAGUGUGUAAUAUAUACAUACUGACAGUCGCACACAAGCGUUUUCGAAGAAAACCAUGUUGAGCUUGGCUAAUGUCAUGUAGAAUGUGGUCGUGAAAUCUAAAGUACACACAUCGUUCCAAGACUUUACUGACAAUUGACAAUAACGAAAUGGGCCAAUAACUUUUCGCUAGCUCCUUCGAAUCUUUCUUAUGGAUCGGUGCGACGUCUGCUGAAUCCAACUAGAUUGUAGGGAUAGGUUGAAGAGAGAACAAAGACUCGGGGCGAUUUGUUGGCUGCAUUCUUUUAGAAGACGCGCAGGAAUUCCGUCAGGACCACUUGCUUUGGACGUCUCAAGAUUCCUUAGGCAAUUAGCGACGUCUUGUUCACUAAGCUCUAUCUCCCGUAGUUGAGCGUCAGUUCGAAAUUGGGACGAAGGGAAAGCGGAGGCUUGAUGUUGAUUGGAUCUUGAAGGUUCAAACAGAGAAUAAAUAAGAGUUAAAAAGUUCAGCUUUGUCUGAACGCGCUUUUCCAAUUUGCCCUUGUAGGAAAUUGCUGGAGUUUGGGUUGAUCGAUGAUGGAAAACCGCCUUAUGAUAACUCCAAAAUAGCCUUGGGUUGUCUCGAAAAGUCUUGAAUUUUGAGUAGAUAGUCACGGUGUUUUCUUUUCACAAGGUAUUUGAUUGUUUGACUAAUUUCGCGUAGCUUUCGUUUGCGAUAGUGUGUGCGACAUUUGCGAUAUUUCGUUAGAGCAGAGUAUUUUUUUCGUAUGAAAUGUAUCACUUCUCCAUCGAUCCAAGCUGGUGAGUUGGCGUCCUUCACAUUUUUUACGGGAACAAAUUUAUGAACUUCAUUUAAGAAACAAUCUUUCCACUGCUACCAACAUUCAUUGAGAUUGUCCGAUGAAAAAGUCUCAAGAGGAUUGUGCGUUAAAAAGCGUCGGAGUUCAUCAAAGCCUCCUCGCUUAUAAUCGAAAACGUUUCGCUUGACUGCGUUAGCACGAUGGAAUGCUUGCUGAAUUUCAAACUUGACGUUGUAGUGAUCGGAAGGAAAGUUAGGCUGUUCUGGCGACCAUGUCAUUACAUUCUUUAUGAGUCGUUGUCAAGACUAGUUUUUCCACAUAUUUUCGAUUACAACGCGUGUUAAAAUCGUUUUGUUUACGUUUUGAAAUCAAAGCUGCGAGACAGGAAAUUCAUACAGUUAAAGAAACACGCUUCUCGACCAAUCAACGCUCGCGUACUAUAAAUCCUCGAACGAUGUGUGCCAGUGUAACACAUAGUAGUGACGAUAAUAAGAAAGCUGUGGAUUGACAGGGAUACAUCUACCUGAAAAAUACAAGCAGAACUUCGACCUUUCGAGCGAAGGCCCUUCGUUGGGAAGUUUACUGGCCCUUCUUCUACUCGAAACGUCGAAGUUCUGCUUGUAUUUUUCAGGUGGUUGCAUCUGUAUCAAUCCGCAGAUUUCUUACUAUAAAUGCUACUGUAUAUUAUAGCAUGGAUAAUAAAAUAAAUGGAUAGGAAACUAGCUGAUGUGACCUAAUGUUUUCAAUGGGCUGAUGGCGUGGUUGGAUGUUGAAACCUAGUUGCAAACCAAAUUCUCAAAAACGGCUAAACAUUUAGUAAUACAGCUGAACAUUUUUGUCAAAGAGCAAUAAUACAGCUAAACAUUUUAGUCAAAGAGCAACUAAAUAUGACUACGCCAUUCCACGAUGAAAUCUCUAAGUAUUCCCAGUCAAUUUUAGCAAAUAUUUCAAGCACUAAACAGUGAAAAAUGCAUCGCAAAUUUCGUUAAAAUUGGGGACGCCAAUUUCGUAGCUACAAAUGUAAAAAAAUACAAAACAAAGACGAAAAACAUUUACCUUGAAUACUUUGUCGUGGUUUAGGCAUGUUUUUAAAACAAUUAGAUCAGUUAUGCUUCAAUAUUACUCUUUUAAAGCGGAAAGUAUAGCGAAACAACAAAAAUGCCGAGAACUUUACAAUACGUGUGACGUCACAGAUUGCAACUAGGUUGUUUUUGCUUACGUCAGCUAGAGUCCUAUCCAUUUAUUUUAUUAUCCAUGAUUAUAGUAAGAGAUGGCAAGUGGGUGUUUGCAUGAGAGUUGACUGACUAUAACCUGGUGCGUAGCGAAACUGUCAUCAAAUUUUGAACCAGUUUAAAGUUGAUGAGAGUGUAUGAGAGUCGGUGAGAGUUCGCGGUCAAACGCCAGGGAGAAUUACAACUCUCACCAAAUCUCGUCCUCGUUUCAUGCACAAGGGCUUUAACGUAAAUUUUACUCUUUGCAUGACUGUAGGGGGACCACCAUAAAAUAUGGUUUGUUAAUCCUCAUAUUGCAUGGCAACUUUUUUGUAGAACAUUGACAUUUAGAUUUGCUUUCCAACUUUUUUUUUUAAAAUCUUGUGGUAGAUCAUAAAGCAAGCCACGAGGAAACAGAACCUAGCAGUGAAGACAAGGUCAAGACAACGCCGGAGGAGCCAACGACAAACCCACAACUCUAUCGUUGCUGCGUUUGCAACAAAAAGUAUCCCAAUAUGCCCUACAUGGUACGCCAUAUAAAGUAUCAUAUGACCAGAAAAAGAGACCUACAAGCUGAGCAGUGUAGUCAUUGUGAUAAAGUUUUUACGACCAAACAACAGCUGGCUAGACAUGAGGCCACACACAAAGAUGUACGAUCUUUCAAAUGUGAGAAAUGCGAGAAAUUGUUUAAGACUGCAGAUAGUGUGAAACGUCACAUGUAUGUUCAUAGUGAUGCAAGACCUUUUUCUUGUCACAUAUGUCACAAGGAAUUCAAAGCGAAACAUUUGAUGAAAAAACACGAAGAAACCCAUUCUGACGUGAAGAACUACGAAUGUGCAAAAUGCGGCAAGAAAUUUAAGGCGCGGAACAGUUUACGAGAUCAUUUGUUAGUUCAUAACGGAACUCGACCGUAUAAAUGUGAUGAAUGUAAUCAAGCAUUCUAUCGUCGCAGUCAUCUUGCAACACAUAAAACUAUUCAUAGUGAGGUAAAACCGUUCUCAUGCAAAGUCUGUGAGAAAAGCUUUGGGCGACGUGAACACCUUAAAGUACACGAACGUAUACACAGUGGAGAAAAACCCUUUCAAUGUAAUCAGUGUGAACGUUCGUUCAACCAACAAGCCGGACUACAAGCACAUCUUAUUAGUCACUCAGAUGAACGACCAUACACAUGUUUAACAUGUAAGAAAUCUUUUAAAUAUCAAUCUCAGAUCAAACAUCAUGCAUGUAAACCUGAUGAAAUUGGACGGUCUAUGGUUAAUGUACAUGGUGGUAAUACCAGCUUAAUGGAAGUAGAAAACUCUGAGCCGACGACUGCGUUAAACACUCCGGAGACAACAAUUAACAGUCAGGAAAGUCAAGAAUAUCCGACAACUCCUUCCACUCCUGACAUUUCUAAUGUAAUGCCCACGUCUGAGACUGAAAAUACAAUCAUAGUUAUUCAAAUUGAGAAUACUCCCCAUUCUAAUGAAAGGGCCAUGUCAGUCGACAUGGUAACUACGCAUGAAAACGAUACAGGAUCAGUGGCGAAAACAAACGUUCCAGGAACAAAUACAAACAAAGACGUUCGACCGACCAUAUCGGAAGGAGAAAGAAAUACUGCAAUUAAUCAAACAGAUCGUGAUUCAGAACGAGACAACAUCACAACAAUAUCCGAGGGCAUUUCAGAAAGUGCACAAACUACAACGAAUACUAGAGUAAAUUAUGAAGAAAGACAUCCCAGCAUAACGAAUUCAGAAACGACACUUGCUACUUCACAAAGCAAUAUAACAAAUGUCGACAUUUUGGAAACUCAUGCUAUGUUAACGGAGACACGAGUUAAAGAAAGACAUGCAAACUAUGCUGUGCAUACACAAACAAAAUUUAAUUCAGUACCGGGCAGCGUGACAAAUGUAGACUUUCCUCAUGCGACUGUAACGGAGACAUGCAGUCAAGCAAGAUAUGUGAAUAAUACGAAUAACCUGUCGAGAUAUGGCUCAGCACAAGAAAACAUUACAUUACAUGAAUACAUUGCUGAAAGAGAAAGGCUCGAUACAGAAAAUUUGACAUUAUGACAUUAUAACGCGAACUCACACUUCAGUUAACCAAGCGAACAUGACUACAUCACACGGGAUUAGGCUACUACAGGUAUAUAGGGGAGAAGGCAACAAUCUAACAACACAGCAAGCAAAUAUUGUUUAGUCUUAUGCUGGAAUUCCACCUGUGGUGAGCAAUGUCAGGACGGCUUGAACAAAGCACAAUGCGAAUUUUACCGGAUCAGUUUCUUUCAUCAUCCAGUAUCGUCUGGGGCUAAGACAGCUCACACUACCGGAAGAAUGUAACGAAUGUUGUCAGUUUCACCAGCUCAUCUCUGGAACCUAAGAUAACCGCACUAACAGAGGGGUCAGAUUUGACUUCUACUAUACCGCUACCAUUAAGGGGUCAUCAACCUGUCAAAUGCGGUUGAUAUAUCGGAUUAACAAAUCAUAUAGUGUUAAGCCAGUGAGAGGUAGCGGUAGUGGAAGUCAAAUCUGCAUCUCUUUUAUGACUAUUAGAGCGCGGAACAGUUAGUUGAACGUUUAGCUGGGGGGGUUUCUAAGAAACUCACAGACUUUAGGUUUUAAAGUGCACAUACAUCGACUACGAUAAUUUUGGCUGUUAAAGUCACCGGAACUGACGUUAAAUAAGUCGAAGCAAAUCAGUUUCUAUUAUUCUUUGCCACAAAAAUGCCUUAUUUACUACUUCCGGUAGCUUUAAAAGCCAAAACGAGCAUAAAGGCGGUUUUCCUCUAGGCGAAAUUUUUCGACCGAAUCGAAAUUUCUCUUUGUUUCAUGAGCUCUCAAGCAGAACUAAUUGUAAAAAGACAAAGAGAAAUUUCGUUUCGGUCGAAAAAUUUCGCCUGGUGGAAUCAGGCCUUUACAAGCACUCCGAUGGAACUAAACAGAAAUCUUUUGAAUUUGAACAAUAGAAAUUUCGGUUCGAUCGAAAAAAUUCGCCUAGUGGAAAACCGCCUUUACAAGUACUCAGAUGGAACUGAACAGAAAUCUUUUGAAUUUGAACAAUAGAAAUUUCGGUUCGAUCGAAAAAUUUUGCCUAGUGGAAAACCGCCUUAAAGGCCUGAUUCCACGAGGCGGAAUUUUUCGACCGAAACGAAAUUUCUCUUUGUCUUUUUACAAUUAGUUCUGCUCGAGAGCUCAUGAAACAAAGAGAAAUUUCGAUUCGGUCGAAAAAUUUCGCCUAGUGGAAAACCGCCUUUAAAUCGAAAUUUUCUUUUGUCUUACAAGCACUCAGAUGGAACUAAUCUUCUAUCUUUUGAAUUUGAACAAUAGAAAUUUCGGUUCGAUCGAAAAAAUUCGCCCGAAUCGAAAUUUCUUUUUGUUUCAUGAGCUCUCAAGCAGAACUAAUUGUAAAGAGAAAUUUCGUUUCGGUCGAAAAAUUCCGCCUCGUGGAAUCAGGCCUUAAAGAUGAAGUUUUUCUCUUAUAAAAUAUAUUGCAUUUCGUCGUAGAAUGUUUGAAUAUCAAAAAUAUUAAAAAUUCCUAAUCGCUGUUUGUGCACUUUAAGUCUGAAGAUUUACUUCGACGUUAUUUUCUGAGUUAAAAAGAAACGUUAAUACCGUUCUCCCUACUUUUUGAAAUUAAAUUUUGUAUUGAAUAUUUUAAAAACAUUUGUGGCGCCCAGUAGGUUUAGGCCUGGUUCAAACGUCGAAUUUUGCAUGUGUCGAAUACAAUUCGCAUUUCAUUCGAGCGAAUUCAAUGAAAUUCGACGUUUGAUUCAAACGUCGCAUUUUGCAUGCAUUUAAUUCGAAAUUGUAAGUGUUGUAGAAUGUAGACACGCCCCUUUGAUAGUUUUAAUUAAUAGAUUGACAUUUAUUUUUAACCUAGUUGUGGUUUUACGUAAACAACAAGAGCGAAGUUUCGCUCAAAAAUAAACACAGUAUGUCAGUAGGGCCAUUUAUACGACUAUACCAGCGAAAUAAGUCGUGGCUCGUCUUAUUUAAAGCACGAAAAAAUACUAUGUAGUCCCGUAUAAGUGUAGUUGUUCGCGACUUUAUUUUCGCUUGUAUAUAAACUCACAUCAGGCUAUUGACUAUUUUUCACACAAACACACAAAAAACAUGGAAUUAUUACCAUUCUAUGUCCUACACGCGAAAUUUGAUCCAUUAACACUACAUGCCGUCCUUUUACCUCUUUCCAGACUUUUUCCGCGAGCCCCACCCAAGCAGAAUUGAAUUCGACACAUGCAAAAUGCGACGUCUGAAACAGGUCGCAUUUAGCUCGCACUUAGCUCGCAUUAUGCGACCGGUCAGGUCGAAUUUAAAGUUAAGGUCGACCGCAAUUAAAAACGUCGCAUUUAAUCGUUUCAGACGUCGAAUUUUGCAUGCACAUAAUUCAAGCCAUUGAAUUCGACACAUGCGAAAUGCGACGUUUGAAACAGGCCUUAGCGAUGCGCGUACCCCGUCAGUUAAGUUCUAUUUCAGAAAUUAGCAAGAGGGGUGGUGCAGAUUUUUAGUGAAGUGAUAAAAUAAUAUGACCCCACCCUUGUACUGUAUGAGUUGGGAAAUGGGUGACCUGGCCUCCUCGAGUGCUCGUCGUUAAAUAGUAUGACCAUUCUCCUGUAAAUACAGCGAACUUAAGGCUAGUUUCCACUCAGGAAAAUUAUCCGUGGUUUGGAACGGACAAGAAAGUUUUUCUCUGUCUUGUGAGCUCUGUGUUGGAACUGAUGACUUUAACACAAAGAAAAAAUUUCUUGUCCGUUCCAAUCCACGGAUAAUUUUCCUGAGUGGGAACUAGCCUUUAAGCAAUGCAAAAUCUAAUACUCUUACGCUACGAAAGGUCAUUCGCUAUCUUGUUUUCUUGUCACGUCCCCGUAGUAGAUUAAGCCUUGUUUAACUUCGCUACAGACCCCAGCCAUAGAAAUUAUAAAAGAAUAGAG